AUGUCCCAGUAUGAUAGUGAUAACGAAAAAGUUAUCGAACGAAGAGUUUGGCUAAACGAUUCAGAAAGAGUUACCAAGAUAUGCGAUUUACUUCCAUCAAAUAAGGGUAGACAGUCUCUAAUUUCUUCUUUGUUGUCCGCGUAUGGGUUAAGAGAAAGAUGCUAUGGAAUUAUAGGUGAAUAUAGAGCUCUGAGACAGGAGUUGGCUUCUUAUCACGACGAAAACUUUGUAGAUUUCUUGUUACAGGAUAGACUAAGGUUAGAUAGAACUGUCACGUCUCUUGCUUCAAACCAUGAUACAAUCAAUGAUGAAAUAAGCAUUUCCGAAUCUCAGAGAUAUGGCUUGGUGCAUGACUGUUACAUUUUCCCAUUCAUUGGAGAAUAUGUUCGAGCUGUAGGCGGUUCAAGUAUAGCUUCAGCAAAGACUUUAAUUCGUGAGGCAUCUUCUUCCAUUCAAAAUGUAGUCGUGAAUUGGUAUGGUGGUCGUCAUCACUGCACCAAGAGUAGAGCAGCUGGAUACUGCUAUAUAAACGACGUGGUUCUUGCCAUUGGUGUCUUAAGAAAAAAAUUCCGUAGAAUUUUCUACCUAGACUUAGAUCUACAUCAUGGAGAUGGCGUUGAGUCUGGAUAUGAACACUCCAAGAAUGUGUUUACCUGCUCCAUACAUAGAUAUGAUUUAGGAUUCUAUCCGGGAACAGGUAGGAUGGCUGACUCCAAAAGCAAGAAAGUCAACAUCCCAACAAGACGAGGGUUGAGCGACAAUAGCUUGCUCUAUAUCAUAAAGAAUAUAGUUGUUCCAUUAAUUAUGGGGUUUGAACCAGAGGUUAUCAUAAUACAAGCAGGUUGCGAUGGCUUAGGAACAGAUACCCACAAAGAAUGGAAUUUGACAAUCAAGGGAUUUUCGCAAGUGCUAGAUUUUCUAUUGAAAGAGUUUGAGCCUAUACCGUUCUUGAUUCUUGGCGGAGGUGGUUACAAUCAUACUGAAACAGCCAAAUGUUGGGCUCACGCAACAAGAACUAUCCUUGGACAUAAUGAAGAAUGGGAUUUGAUACCAGAACAUAGCCUCCUUGACGAAUACGAAGAUGAUGGAUAUCAAUUUUGGACCGGAAUCAACCUGGCUCCUAUGAAAAAGAAGGACGAAAACGACAUGCCCUAUUUAGAAGAAAUGAAGUCGUAUAUUCUUAAUAUGCACAGAUAA